AUGGUUCAGUAUAAAGAAUAUCCUCACAUUCAGAGCUGUCGGAAGGCUGUCUGCGAUAGCGAGCUCCCCGUCCGUGCAGCCGGCUCCGGCUUCAGGAACGGCUCGGUGGUGCCCCACCAGUUCAUGAUAUCGCUUUACCGGAGCUUGGCCGGGAGGACUCCGGACGGGGCAGCUGCCGCCUCCACCUCGGGUUCUGGGCGCCACGGCCGCGCGGACACAAUCACCGGCUUCGCAGACCAGGCGACCCAAGGGACCUUGGCAGAGCCGGAGGUCGUCGACGGGUUGUGUGGGGAGGAGAGCAGGGCCGGCGACGGUCCAGGAAUGCAGGCCUCUCCCGGGUCAAGGACUCACUGGGAGAAGCUGAGCCUGGAGUUCCUGAUCGUGACCCGCUGCUCUCAUUGCUCUGAGACCUUGGGCCAGGCCGGGCCCCAGUUCCGCUUCAGCAAAGCGAGGAGGCUGGACGCGCUAGAGGAUCUCAAGUCAUACGAGUCGGCAGCCGAGAUCGGCCAGAGCUUCCUGUUCGACGUGUCCAGCCUUUCCGACGCUGACGAGGUGGUGGGCGCCGAGCUGCGCGUGCUGCGCCGCGAGUCUCCGGGGCCCGGCCCUGGAAACGCGGCGCGGGCCGGCCACGGGCGCAGGGGCCGGAGCCGCUGUAGCCGCAAGCCGCUGCACGUGGACUUUAAGGAGCUGGGCUGGGACGACUGGAUCAUCGCGCCGCUGGACUACGAGGCGUACCACUGUGAGGGCGUUUGCGACUUCCCACUGCGCUCGCACCUUGAGCCCACCAACCACGCCAUCAUUCAGACACUGCUCAACUCCAUGGCGCCCGAUGCGGCGCCGGCCUCCUGCUGCGUGCCCGCGCGCCUCAGCCCGAUCAGCAUUCUCUACAUCGACGCUGCCAAUAACGUGGUCUACAAGCAGUACGAGGACAUGGUGGUGGAGGCGUGCGGCUGCAGGUAG